AUGUCGCCGAAACGUGAACAGCAGCAGCAGCAGCAACAGCAGCAGCAGCAGCAGCAGCAGCAGCAGCAGGAUUAUGCUUCGGAGCAGCAGCAAGACAGUUGGGGCGAAAACUUUUUAAAGCAGCAGAAACACCACCGGAAAAAGCGGCACAAUAAAUAUGAGAGCUCUCCUGCUGCUGCUGCUGCUGCUGCUGCAGCGCCAAGCAGCAGGGGCUUCGUCCGCCAUGCUCCUUUGCUGCUGCAGCAGCAGCAGCAGCAGCUGCAGCAGCUGCAGCAGAAGCUCGACAGGGAGGCAGCAGCAAGGCGAGGGAGAUUGCUGCAGCACGAGAUAGGGAACAUGCAGACAAGCAGCAGCAGCUGCAGCAGCAGCAGCAGCAGCAGCAGCAACAAUCUCUAUGGCAACCUGGGGGCUUUCACCGCCCCCCGAGCUGCCUAUACACCUCACCGAGCUGCCUAUACACCUCACCGAGCGGGCUCCAUACAUGCAUAA